UGACUACGCGGCGGCGCCGCACAUCUGCCCUGCCCGUGCGACGGUUUCGGGCCCACCCACGUUAGCUGGCUGGCGCAGCACAUCCCACCCACGACGUUUUCUUCUCGCUCAAGACAAAUCGAUUGGGCCCCACCCACGUGACGAGAGCGCGCGUAGCAAGCGGGAAAAAUGCCUCCCUCCCGACAGCUCUCCUGCCAGCCCCACCCCAUUAAUUAGCCAGGUGGUCCCUACCCCUGACGAUCUCCUUCUUCCUCAAGACAAAUCAGCCUGAAAACAGAACUAGAUCUUGAGGAGAGAACGACGAACAGGAUCUGAAGAAGGGGAAAACCAUGGCAGAGAAACUGAAGACCUCCUACAUCUAGAAGAACUAAAAUUCGAAGAUUCCAAUACAGGUUGCAGAAAAGGAGAUGAACAUGAAUAUGCAAAUGGAAGUACCAGCAGUUACUUUAUCAGAUCAUGCAGGAUCUAGUAAGACAGGAACACACAAUGAAGGGGGCAGCUCCAUAGCUCUGUCAUCUGAGGCAGCAUACACUGAGAUUACACUUCCGGAAUCCAGUGGUCAGCACACUCCUCCACGUGGACAGAACAUUGGCAAUGAAGCAAAUCCAGAAGUAGUGUCGACCCCGCAUGCGCCAACUGCAAGCAUGAGAUUCGAUACACUUGAAGAUGCCCAGCGGCACUACUUGGCAUUUGCACGCAGGAGGGGUUUUGGAAUAAGGUACAAUUACAGAAAAAAAUCUGAGGUUACUGGUGAGCUAAUAAGAGCAGCUAUGGUUUGUCACAAAUCUGGUCACCAAGCAAAAACAAAAGAGGAUACCCAAAAACCUAACCCAGUUGUGCCAGAAAGAAUGAAGAACAGCAACGUUAGGACUGACUGUCCAGCUAGAAUGGCUUUAAAGGUCAGGAAUGGAAGCUGGUUAGUGACAGAAUUCUGUGAUGAACACAAUCACCCCCUUCUGUUAAAGUGGUCCUUGACUGGUUUCUUACGCUCACACAAGGAUAUACCACAAGAAGACCAAGACUUCAUUAGAAUCCUACACUCGGUUAACAUGGAAACAAGCAGAAUGAUGCAAGUGAUGGCUACGCUGUACGAGUCAGUUGAAGGUGUGCCAUAUACCCCGAAAGAAUUGGCAAAUUUCAGAUCAACACUACGAGCAAAAAACAAGUAUACUGAUAUGCAGGAUACCAUGGCAUACUUUGAGGCCACGAAGUUGCGAGACAAGGAUUUCUACUACCGAUACAAACUGGAUGAUGAGGACCGUGUCCAAUACUUGUUUUGGGUAGAUAGUGCUGCAAGAAAAGCAUACAAGUCCUUCAAUGACUGUGUAUCUUUCGACGCAACAUACAUGACAAACAAAUACAAAAUGCCUUUCGCACCAUUCAUUGGAAUAAACAAUCAUGGUCAGUCGAUUCAACUAGGUUGCGGUUUCCUAAAGAAUGAGCUUAGCGAGAGCUACAUAUGGCUUUUCGAGUCGUUCCUGAUUGCAAUGGAUGGAGUUGCCCCAACAAACAUGAUAACAGACCAGGAUGGUUCUAUGCGUGCUGCAAUGGAAAAGGUCUUCCCAAACACAACGCAUCGAAACUGUAGAUGGCAUAUUGUAGACAAAGCAACAGAAGAGGUUGGCCCGUUUGUUGCAAAGAUACCAGGGCUCCGGGAAGAGAUGAAUGAUUGCAUCAACUGUAGCUUAACACCGGAAGAGUUUGAGACAAGAUGGACCUUAAUGAUAAACAAAUUUAAUAUCCAAGGGCAUGAGAAAAUUGCAGCUCUGUAUAAAAAAAGAAGCAACUGGGUCCCUGCAUACUUUAUGCACAAGUUCUAUCCUUUCCUACAGACAACUCAGCGUAGUGAAGGCUUCAAUGCAGUUCUGAAAAAGUACAUAACUUCCACAAACUCGGUGAUUGAGUUCGUUCAGCAGUACGAAGAUAUCCAAGCAAAAAUUAUGAAAGCAGAGAACAAGGAAGAAUCAGAUUCAUCCCUCCUAACGGCUAAAAAGUGGUGUUGGCACCCAAUAGAGCAGCAGGUGGAAAAACUGUACACCAAAAACAUCUAUCAUAGAUUUCAGUUUGAAAUGCAGUCCAGCAUGUCAUAUAACAUAAAACCGAUAGGUGAAAACAGAUAUGAGGUUUACUGCAUAACAAAAUUUGUUCCACAGUACCACAACAGAGCCUAUGAAGUCUAUGCUGAUCCUCCCAAUGAGAAUUACAGAUGCACAUGCUGCAAGUUUGAAAGGGAUGGCAUAGUCUGUUGUCACAUUCUCAAGGCAAUGGUGCAGCUAGGAGUCUGUGAGUUCCCACUGAAAUAUGUCCUCCGCAGAUGGACAUGGAGUGCACAAGAAAAUCUAGUUGAAGAGCUUCCUGGACAACCAGCUGUUAUGCCAGAAGAAUCAAGAAAGAAAAUGUGGCUUUCGGUAAAUUGCAACGAGUUCAAAGGUCUUGCAAUGUGUGGGAAUGAAACAGAAGAUGGCCGGAAAAUAGUUCGCAUGCACAUGAAAGCUAUGAAAAAAGACUUGGCAGCACUAAAAAGAGAAACAGAAAAGAGAGCUAAAAAAGUAGCUACAUCAAGUGCUACAGAUCCUGCAGAAAAUCCAUCUACCCAAACAGCCCAGGCAAAUUGUCCUACACAACAAGUCCCUCCACAGGUACCAAGCACUGGACCCCGAGCACGCAAGCCCCCAUGCCAGAAAAGAAAAUCAACAGGUUCCUCAACAUCUGCGGCGAAUAACAGUACUGCCACAGCUCACAAUGGGGGAUUCACAGAUGCAGAACCUUCAGAAACAUCACAAGCAAACAACAUACGAGAUCCUCGUGUAUCAAACACUAAGGGUAGGAAACGCAAGAAAGCUUUCCAAAAACCACUGGAUAUAGGGAGAAAAGAAAUACGUGUUUGCAAACAGUGUGGUUCCACACAACAUGAUUUCAGGACAUGUACACAGAGAGGAGAGCUCGCAGAUGAGAAUUAAGAAGUACUGAUGAUUUGUUCUUGAAUGUAAAAUGAUCUUCAAUUAUGGGACAUAUUCCAGUUACUGUAAUGUUAUUUGACUCCAUUCCUAUCAAGUUGUUUUAGGCAAAAAUAAUGAGAACUAAUAUCUAUUUAUGUC